AUGUCUCGUUACCCAGAGGCGGACGAAGCCCAGCACAGGCAUUACAACGACAGCUUCGCGCCUUACCCGUCCACCACGCCGAAUCCUUACGACCAGUACGAGGCUCAACCCAAUCCCUAUGACCGACAGCAACAAACGCCAGCGCCCUACGGCGUCGGCACCCCUCUCCAUGACCCAUUCAACCCUGUGCCUCACAAUCCUUACUCGUCGCCGCCUCCACCACCGCCGCCUCCUCCAACGAUUUAUCCCCCAGCUGGUUUUACCUCCUAUCCCCCGGGCACCCCGAUGCAACACCCAGCGUCUCCACCACCUACGCAACAGGCAUAUUCCCCUCCACCUCCUAACACACUCAUGCCCCCUUCCUCUGUUGGAUUCAUAACACCCAGCCCAUCGACUCCUUCAGGCUAUCGACCAUCAAUGUACGACCAGCAAGACGACCAAGACCUUGGAGAAACGGGUGACAUGCCCCUGCUGCGCCGGGAUCCUUCGUCUAUCUCUGCGAUGCCCCGCUUCCCUGGUAAUUACGACGAUGAUGGCGAUGGGGCGACCAUAGCUGACAACCAGUCGGAGAACAAUGUUCGUUACGGGCGGAUUCCUCAGCGAGUACCCAGACGAUACAAGACGAUCAAGAAAGUCGAACUCUUUCAUGGCAAUUUCGUUCUCGACAAUGCCGUGCCCAAAAAGCUCCUCGAUAUGUGCGCGAAUCGUACAGAGCGCGAGUUCACGCACAUGCGCUACUCGGCGGCGACCUGCGAUCCCAACGACUUUAAGGACUCGGGCUUCACGCUGCGGCAGGUGCACUACGACCCCCCUCGACGGACAGAGCUCUUCAUUGUGAUGACGAUGUACAAUGAGGACGAGGAGCUCUUCUGCCGGACAAUGCAUGGUGUCAUCAAGAACAUUGCGCACCUCUGCAAACGCGACAGGAGUAAGACUUGGGGCAAGGAUGGAUGGAAGAAGGUUGUGGUCUGCAUCGUGAGCGACGGACGUGGGAAGAUUAACUCGAGGACGUUGAGUGUCAUCGCCGCGAUGGGUGCCUACCAGGAAGGUGUGGCCAAGACGAAAAUCGGGAAGCAAGAUGUGACAGCGCACAUCUACGAGUAUACCACGCAGAUCUCUGUCAAUCCAAGCCUCAAGAUCGAAGGUGCUGAGAAGGGUGUCGUACCCGUGCAGCUCAUCUUUUGCCUGAAGGAGAAGAACCAGAAGAAGAUCAACUCACAUCGCUGGUUCUUCAACGCUUUCGGCGCCAUCUUACAGCCUAACGUCUGUGUGCUCCUCGAUGUGGGUACGAUGCCUGGUCCGACUUCGAUCUACCACUUGUGGAAAGCCUUCGACAUCAACUCAAACGUGGGCGGUGCUUGCGGUGAAAUUGUUGCGCUCAAGGGAAAAUAUGGUACCAAUUUGAUCAAUCCGUUGGUUGCUGCGCAGAACUUCGAGUACAAGAUGUCCAAUAUCCUCGACAAGCCGCUGGAGUCGGUCUUCGGUUACAUCACGGUCUUGCCCGGUGCAUUCAGCGCGUACCGCUACAUUGCCCUACAGAACGACGCGUCAGGAGAAGGACCACUUCAGAAAUACUUCCUCGGCGAGACGAUGCACGGUGCAGGCGCGGACAUCUUCACGGCGAACAUGUACCUCGCUGAGGAUCGUAUUCUCUGCUGGGAGCUUGUCUCCAAGCGAGACUGCGCAUGGAUUUUGCACUAUGUCAAGUCAGCAUAUGCUGUUACGGACGUACCGGACCAAGUUCCGGAGCUGAUCUCGCAGCUGCAUUUCCAUUACCUCUAUCGCUCCAGCCACAGCUUCGUGCGGAAGGCGUGGAUCCAUGUAGAGAUGGUGUACCAGAUGUUCAACUUGAUCUUCUCGUGGUUCGCCUUGGCCAAUUAUUACAUCGCCUUUUCUAUCCUUUCAGAGUCAAUGGAAGACCCGACUUUCAAUCUGAAGGGUAUCAACGUCGCGAACAUCAUCCUCAACUACUUCUACCUCGGUCUGCUCAUUAUGUGCUUCAUCCUAUCACUUGGCAACCGGCCUCAGGGAAGUAAGUGGGGUUAUACAAUGGCGCUGAUUGGCUUUGCCAUUAUCACGAUUUACAUGACUGUGGCGGCGUUCCUCCUUGCGUUUAAGGGUAUCCAAAACCUGGCGAAAGCCGAAGGACCGCUAACCCUGGGCGAUAUUUUCACCAAUACGAUCUUCAGGAACAUCGUGCUCUCGCUCUUGGCCACGUUGGGAUUGUAUAUCAUAGCCAGUCUCAUUUUCUUCGAGCCAUGGCACAUGAUCACCUCGUUCAUCCAAUACCUCCUCAUGGCACCUUCGUACAUCAACGUGCUUAACGUCUAUGCCUUCGCUAACGUACAUGACGUCUCCUGGGGUACCAAGGGUGACAAUACGGUUGCGAAGGACCUCGGAACGGUAACGACCGGCAAGGGCAAGGCGGGCGAGGUUGAGGUCAACAUCCCUACAGAUGAGAAGGAUAUCAACGCGCUGUACGAGGAUGCCAUCCAUGUGCUGAACACGAAGCCUCCCAAGGCCGAGCCGAAAGUGGAUAAGAGCACCCAGCAGGAGGAUUAUUACAGGACCUUUAGGACGAACGUGUUGCUCGCAUGGGUCCUUACGAACGCCCUGCUGGGCGCUGCGAUCACGUCGACAAAUGACAAGGCGUCGGAUGGGGGUGCAAACAACGCUGUGAAGGGCUACAUGGCGUUCUUGUUGUACUCCGUUGCGGGUCUUGCAUUUGUCCGCUUCGUGGGUUCCUCGGCGUAUAUGAUCAUUCGUCUGUUCGCUGGAGAGUAA